CUACCCACCUGACAGCCCACCAAGGAUCACAAGCGUAAACCUGUCCUCCAGUGGUCUAAAUGGUGAUAUAUCACCAUCUUUCGUGAAUCUGAAGACAGUCCAAUACCUUGACCUGUCAAACAAUAACCUUACAGGCUCAAUUCCAGAUGGUCUUUCGCAAUUACCUUCACUGACGUUUCUAGAUGUUUCAGGCAACCGGCUAAAUGGAUCGAUCCCCUCUGGACUCCUCAAAAGAAUUCGAGAUGACUCUCUGGAUCUAAGAUAUGGCAACAAUCCAAACCUCUGUACCAAUGCUAAUUCAUGUCAGAUACCUGCUAAAAGGAACAACAAGCUAGCCAUCUACAUUGUUGUGCCCGCAGUUCUAAUUGCGGUGAUAGUAUCAGUGACAUUGCUACUGAUUUGCUUGCUAAAACGAAAGAAGCAAGGUUCAAUGAACAACUCCAUUACACCCCGGAAUGAGACAAUGACAACCAAUGCACCGGGAAACAAUGUCUUCACCGACAGUUCGCUGCAGCAUCUUGAGAACCGUCGGUUCACGUACAAAGACUUAGAGAAGAUAACGAACAACUUUCAGCGAGUGCUGGGACGCGGAGGGUUCGGGUAUGUCUACGACGGCUUCUUGGAGGAUGGCACCCAGGUGGCGGUGAAGCUGCGGUCUCAUUCUUCCCAUCAAGGCGUCAAGGAGUUCCUCGCAGAGGCUCAAAUUUUGACACAGAUUCACCACAAGAAUCUUGUCUCCAUGAUUGGUUAUUGCAAGGAUGGAGAGUACAUGGCACUUGUCUAUGAGUACAUGUCGGAAGGAACACUGCAAGAGCAUAUUGAUGUGGGAAGCAACUGCAACACACCACAUCUAUCAUGGACAGAAAGACUACGAAUCGCACUUGAAUCUGCGCAAGGGCUGGAGUACCUACACAAGGGUUGCAAUCCACCCCUCAUCCACAGAGAUGUUAAGGCCACCAAUAUUUUGUUGAACGCAAGACUCGAGGCUAGGAUCGCUGACUUUGGCUUGUCCAGGGCCUUUGACGACAGCAAUGACACCCACGUGUCCACAAACACGCUCGUCGGUACCCCGGGAUACGUAGAUCCAGAGUACCAGGCGACGAUGCAGCCAACAACCAAGAGUGAUGUGUACAGCUUCAUAGUCGUACUACUGGAGCUAGUCACGGGGAAGGCGGCCAUCCUGCGAGAGCCGGUACCCAUGAGUAUCACCCAGUGGGCACGAGAGCGGUUGGCACAGGGCAACAUCGAGGAUGUGGUGGAUUCACAAAUGCUUGGAGAUUACGAUGUCAACAGUGUGUGGAAGGUUGCAGACAUUGCACUCAAGUGCACCUCACAGAUGUCGACACGUCGACACCAUGACCCCACCAUGACCGAUGUGGUGAUGCAACUACAAGAGUGCAUUGAGCUCGAGAAGGCUCAUGGUGGAGGUGACAUCGCAAGCCAUAGAUUUUACUCUGGCAGCAGCAGUGAGAACCCGAACUUGAGAUAUGAUGCUUACACCACUAAUCAAUCUACUAAUGUGAUCCAAAACAACAAUACAUUUGAGAUGGAGCAUUAUUUGAAGAGAGUGCCGACAAUGGCUACUGGUCCUUCUGCACGUUGA